UUGUUCUUGGCUUCUUUCUUCUACUCCUAUUAAUACUAAAAUAGUACCCACAUUUAUUCUCUCUAAUAAUUAUUGUUUUCACAUGUGUGAAGAUUGAUUUGAAAAUGGCUGAGAAAGCGGUCAUAGUUUCUUUCUUGUUAAUGAUGUUCAUGCUUUUUGGCUUAACAAUGGCAAAAACAUAUGUGGUUGGUGAUUCUGCUGGUUGGACAAGCAAUAAGCAAGUUGAUUACAAGAGAUGGUCAGUGUCUAAGCAUUUUGAAAUUGGCGAUGUUCUUCUGUUUGAAUUCAAUCCAAACAAGGAUAAUAUAGUACUAGUGACAAAAAAAGAUUUCGAAGCGUGCAAUGGCUACCCAUUUGGUACCCCAAGCCUUGGCAAGGAAAGGUUCCCUCUUGAUUCUGAAGGCCAAUUGUAUUUUAUUUGCAGCGUUCCAGGCCAUUGUAAGGCUGGUCAAAAGCUCGAAAUCACCGUUCAUUCUGCUGCAUCUCCGGCUAUGGCUCCGACGCCAUCUACGACAAACAAGUUGAGCCCCUCAGAUUCAGCCUCUAAUGGAUCACUUUUGCUCUCCUCAAGCUUUUGCUUCUCAUUCGUGCUACCCGCAUUUUCACUCUAUUUAGUUGCUUGAUAUAUGGAGUAUACUACUAGCUAAUAAAUGAGUUAUUAUCUCCCUACUUCACAAUUGGUAGACAUAUCAUGAAUUUAUUGUGACACUAGAAUUAUUUUAAAGAGUUUCAGUAUUACGUAUCUA